AUGCCGAUUACUUAUCCACGACCGUGUCCAACCUGUAAUAAGAAGUUCAAGAACCGAUUUACCUUUUGUCGUCACAAGAAAUAUUGCGGGACCGAUGUUAAAGUACCAUGUCUACAUUGUGAUAAGAUGUUUUCAAGAAAAGACAAAAUGGUAGCUCAUGUCAAAAAAUUCCAUUCGGAAGCAGCCAAGCGGAAGGCGGAAGAAAGUGCUGAACUAACAAGGAUGGAGCUUUUACAUGCAAACAAAGUACCACGAUUGAGUGAUGAGCAGCAGACAGGUGGUGCUGUGAGUACACGAGGUACCAAACGUGUAGCUGAUGACGACAGUCCUGAUGUGAAGGUUGCAAAGAUGGAUCCACAGAGCAGUGAUGCCAAGGCUGAUUAUGAAAAGCCUUUGUUUCAAGCCAACAUCGCAAAAAUGGGAACACCUAAAAAAUGGAAAAAAGGUAAAGUAAUAGGCCAAAAAUUUACCUUUACUUUGGAUUACUUACGCGACCCAAAACCCGAGGAAGAUUUGGGGGUAGAAGCCGUUCAUGCAUUGACGACAGGAAUGGAUAAUUUAAUGGAUGACAUGGACAUUGAUCCAAGUCAAUACGAGCUUGCGCUUCAAAUAGGAAGCAAGGAACAUUUUAAAGAAUCCAGCAAUACCGGUGAAACAUGGCAUAUUCCAGCAGAUGAUUACUUUAAUCGACUUCAAAUGACACAAGCCGUGCUGGGACAUAUUGCGAAUGUCUUGAAUUCAGGGGAAUUUAUUUCGUCGGAUAGAGGUUUUUCGGUGUCCAUGACUCUAAUACGCCGUGCUGUGAAAGGAGGGAAAAGAUCUGGUUACAAACCGGGUGAACGGAUUUGGCAAGAAGUGGUCAAAGAAAUGCGUUGUGUGCAUGAAGUAAAAAACAAUAAUGACGAGUUGUGUUGCGGCAGGGCCAUCGUAGUGAUGCGCGAGUAUGCGAAACGUCAAGCGGGUGAGCCAAAUUGUUACGAAAAUGUACGCCAAAACAGAGGCAAGAAUACCCAGCAAUUAAAACUGGCCAGACAGCUAUACAAAGAAGCAGGCGUGCCAGAGGGGCCAUGCGGGCUCGAGGAAAUUGAGAAAUUUCAGAACUACUUGGGACCGAAAGGAUUUCAGCUGAUUGUCGUCGACCCUGUACGGGGUGGUGUCAUAUUUACUGGAGAGGUGUUCAAGACAGCCCCGAAGGUGAUACAGAUUGUGAAAACCUAUUAUGAGGAUAAGUACGGAGAACCCAAAGCACAUUACGAUGGAUUGUACAGUGUAGCACCUAUCAUGAACCGCAGUAAAUUUUGUCGCUAUUGUUGCAAAGGAUAUGAUCACGAAGACGCAAAGCACCAUAAUUGUUUAAGGGCCAACUGCCCCAGUUGUAUGCGUCGAAGAAAUAAAAAAUCGAAAGGGUGUCAUGACUACACUGGCUGGAGUAAACCGACAAUCUCGUGUAAAGUAUGCAAGAGACAGUUCUAUGGGGAAGAUUGCUACAAUGCACAUUUGGUUCCAACGAAACAAGAAGAAACCAAAAUGGAAGCAGAUUUGAUAGAACAAGUAGCGAGAGAAAACGAUAUUGUGAUUCCACGUAAAAAAGUUAUGAAAAGUGUGUGUGAGAUGCAUCGCAAAUGUAACAUUUGUAUGGUAACUUACAAAGUGAAAGAAGGAGUGUCACAUAAAUGUGGCCACGGUCAAUGUACCAAUUGCCUGAAUUAUGUGGAUCUGUAUAGCCACCAAUGUUUCAUCGUGAGUGACAAAUACAGAGCAAAUAAAUGGAGAGACAUUGAGUUUAAGAAAGAGCAACGUUGUCUCGAAGCCAUCAAGCAAAUGACUACUAUAGACGGUAAAAAAGUUCAGGAGGUAGCGACAAGACCUAUUUACCUUUAA